AUGGAGGAAGGCUAUACGAAUGGUCGCAAUCAUGUGCAGUUACUCCAGAACCUCCUCCAAAAUGGCGGCCCGAAUGACACAAUAUCGCGUGCAACGUCUCCCGGCCUUGGAUUCAGCUCCAAUGGCAUAGGUUCAGAAAGGGACAAACGCUACCGGCCUCGAACCUUCCCCUACUUCCAAUUACUCCCGUACGGCGUUGAAGAAGAAUCGGAGAGAAAUAUAGCUUUGGACGAGAUUUUGAAGCAACUUUACAUUGCGAUCAAGGCAGAGGACAUACAACCAGGCGCGGUCCAUUGGACUAGAGAGCUCAAGGCAUGGCUUAACCUCAAAUUCGAGAUCACGCGGGAGCUACGAAUCAAGCUUGUACAUUUGUAUUACAUGCUUUCUCUGGCUCCUGGAAUGGAUUGGGUCGCUGCGGAUAGAUUUGAGAGCAUGUUUCGCUUCUUACUGAAGAAAAAGCACUACCUCAAGCCUGGAGAUGAUUUGAUACUCGAUUGGAGGCCUUUGUGGAAGGACCUCAAAAGCCUCGUCUUGCCAACUGAGACCGCACAACAACAAAGCGGUCGAAAACGAAGCCACAAAAACAUCGCCAACAUGUGCACUUUUGCAGCACAGUAUUUCGAUCCACGAGACAGAAAAGCUAUGUUGGAGGAGCUGCUACCAUAUUUCAGCACGUCUGAUGUCUCUGGCGCCUUCAUUGUUGUUGGUGCUCUAAAUAUGUUGAUGCCUACCCACCCAGCCUCGAGCGAACCAGAUCAGUUACAACCACAAGACUACCUACCCACUUUCUUCCAUCUAUGGUCACUUGUAAAUCGAUCCAAGGCUUUCGAUAUGAUCUUCUUUGAUCUUUUCUCAAGACUCGCCCGAGACUCGUUGACUAGUGAACACGUCCAAUUUUCUGAAUUUGGAAUCUUCACGAAAGACCAAUCUGAUCUUAUAUUUACCGCACUGUUGAGGUUGACUGAAAUUCCUGUUGGGCAAGCGUCUUCGCCCUAUAGUACGAUGGUUGAUCUUGGAGCUGGUCUUGGCAUGUUCCUUGAACGAGACAAGAAAAAGGCGCCAACUGGAUACUCGAUCGCUCGAUGGAUUGUCAUGUCAUUAUCACCAUCGUGCAUCGACAAGCCGGGGUCAAUUCUUUCCAACUUGGAAGGCUUGAUGCAAUCUAUCGAUACCUUUUUCCACCCGUCCAACCAAGGUGCUUGGACGGAUAUGCUAGCACAAAUCGUCUUCCAUUUGGUCGACUUUUUUGUCAUGCGUUGGAACCGAGAGCGGAGCGGAGAGAUGGAUACUCCACCAGAUCGUCAGAUCAACGAUGAAUUGAAGAAACGAUUCGUACUGAGCCUGAAAGAGGUCAUGUUCAUGGGGCUCUUCUCCAAAAAAGCUAAACAAUUGAAUUACUACUUCGGCACGUUACAGGGUCUAGCUUACCUCGAACCCCAUUUGAUCAUCCCAGGAGCUUUGCAACGAUUCUAUCCUUCAUUGCAAGGAUUGGUCGAAGUUCACCGAACUCAAUCAUCACUUUGUGGUUUACAGUUGACCGCCAUCGUCAUUUCGAAACACAAAGGCCUGCGAUGUCAUAUCACAGCACUCCUAGCACUGGCGUUACCCGGAAUCGAUGCCAAUGAUUUGUCGAAGACGCUACACACCUUGAAUUUCAUACAAUCUGUCGCCUACUGCGUACCUUUUGUUGAUCUUACCAAGGAUCACCACGAAAUCCACGACUCCUCACUUGCAAUACAAUGGGUGCAAGGCGAGAUGGAACGUAUGGAGCGGGAAGGUCCAAACGUUGAGAUAGACUAUCGAACAGAGUUGAGUGAUGAGGAUGAGGCCAACAUUGUGCGUUCGUCCACAGCAGGCUUCGGAGAGUUCGUCUUGUCUUUGCUCGGCAAGGUCUUCACGCUCCUUGAAAAUCUUCCCGAGCUUUCUCGAGUACGGUCCGGGUCACCAGAAGAGAGCGUUAUCAACACUUUACCAGCGGCGCUGACACCUCUCUUUGCGUCCCUUUCACCUGAGAUUUUUGACAUGGCGUUGGAGAAGGUCGCUGCUUUUGUCAGCGGCCAUGUGGUUCACCAGGCCCGAGAUGCGAUGGCUUUCAUUUGCAACUCGUUGUGCAAAGCCAAUCCUGAAAAGACUUUAAAGAUCUUUGUCCCCAUGCUCAUUGUUGGCAUUCGAAAUGAGAUCGACUACAACGAGGCUGCGUCCGACAGGAGCAGUGGAAGUGAUGUCUUACCUCGAGAUCGUGCCUUGGUCUGGCAUAUCAGCAUGUUAAGCAUGAUCAUAGUCCACGUUGGGGACAGUCUUAUGCCAUACAAGAAAGAGUUGUUCGAUAUUGCACUGUACAUGCAAGAGAAGUGCCGAGGCAUCCCGACGAUUCAUGUAUCGAAUUACAUCCAUCACUUGCUUCUCAAUCUUACCUUGAUAUAUCCCGUCGACGGUGCCUUGUACGAGCCGGACGUUCUCAAGAGAGGUUUAGAUGUUGAUGAUUGGGGCAAGACCAUCAAGCCCACUGAGCUGACCAUCAACUGGCACAAGCCCUCGACUGAAGAGAUCGAGUUCGCAGUGGAAUUAUUUGAAUCUCAAGUCAAUACUGCAACCGUAAGACUCGGUAAUCUCAUCAGCGACAAUCCGUCUGUUAGUAGGAAGGGGAAGAAUAAGGAGUGGUCGGACGAAGUUUCCAGGAAUCUGUCGCAGUUGAGACUCAUCAUCUCGGGUAUCGCGACUCUUUUCGAUCCCAAGAAAGCUUCUGGACAGUCAGAUAAGGGUGAAGACGCUGAUGGUGACGCUAUCAUGAAUGGCGACGAUGCUUUAGACGAGGAAAAUCCACUCGCCGAAGCAGCGGAAGACGAGGAAACCAGACCUCAAUUCCACUAUCGUGCAGGAUAUCUCCUUGAGAAGAACAGUUCAACAUAUGAACAUAUUCAUAGUCUACGGGAAGAUAUUGGUCUGCUUUUGUCAAAGAUUCACGAUUUUCUAAGUGCCCACCAGGAGGAUGACGUGGCUUGCUUCACGGCUCUCUACCAAACAUACCGGACUUGGAUCACGGACGUUGGCAACGAGAGAUCUGCCCACAUGCUUGAACGUGUCAGCAAGCUCUACGAUGCUGAUAUUCGAGCCUUUAAAAUUAGUGGGUUGCGGAAGAUAUAUCCAAGGCCACUCUUGGUCAAGCGAGCAUCGAUAUAUCACUUCCAACGUGCAAAACACAACUCAUCAGCCCGCCACAAGUCUGAGCUGGACAAGAAGCUGCUCUUGGAGUUAGCUGCAUCCUCUGUGUCCUUGUAUACCGAAGUGCGCAUCAAUGCACAAGCUGCUCUCGAGUCUGCACUAAAGAGUCUUAUUGGUGGUCGUCCUCUCGUCAUUCGACCACUCUUGAGCACGUUCAGACAGGCCUUGGAGACGAACGAUUAUGACCGCAUUAAAGGUGCCUUGUAUACAUUGCUAUAUGGCAGUCUUACAAAGACGAUUUCCAAGGAUUGGCGCUUCGCUCCGGAAAUGAUUGAACUUUAUAUCAAGACCGCUUCUGUGGACAAGCCAUCAAUCCAGAAGGUUAGCAAUAAUGCGUUAUACGGAGGGCUCAUGGAGUUCGGCAAGUCUUUGGAGCACUUCAUCGUCAUCGAUCAAGUCUUGGUUGAUGUCUUCGAGCCUAAAGAUGAUUAUAGCCCAAAAAUCACGUCUAGACAUGAGUUUAUCGUGGAGCGAAGACGCAAGGUUGAAGAGAAGAAGGCGUCAUUGGCCUUAAGCCUUGUGGAAACCUCGAAGAAUUCCCACUGGAAGAUCGCAGGUCGAUGCACCAUCUUCAUCCUUAAUGCCGGCCUUCGAAUUCAGACUCUCGCACCCCCCCCUCUUGUCGAGUUAGCUGUCAAGGGAUCCAUCGAUGAUCACCCAGGACUUCGAGGCAGUUAUGCUGAGUCGUUCAUUCGAAUCUUCUCCCAUAUCGAGACUCGAGCUGUCUACAGUCAUAGUCUUGAGAAAUUUGUUCGCGAAGAGGAAAAUCCGGUUAACAGAAUUGAGGUCACGGUUCCAACCGAUAAUCCACAUUGGACCGAAGAGUUCCUGCAAGGGUUCUCGAAGCCAGAGCUUCCAGAAUAUUUUGUCGAACGUGACUUUCCUGGAUGGCUCGUGUGGGGCAAGAAGUUCAGGGCAACCCGCGCCCGGCCUCUCGAAUUCACCGAUUACGACGAGCUGGAGAACUCGGUCAGGAAGCAGAUGGGAAGCUUGUUGACACGAGAAUGGUACGAGAAGUUCUUCGGGUACAUGAAGCAAGAGCCUCGCGAUUCGUCAUCAGAUCGGUUCAGAGUGCACAAUGUCGCUCUGCUGAUUCAUACUCUCGACCUCACCCUCAGCGGCAUGACAGCUGCCACCUUCGAAGAUAUCAAGGAAUUGAUUAAAGCCACUUUUGAGGAUGGCACUGACAAGCAUCAGCAUCGUGCUACAUCAGAGAUUAUCGCCGCACUUCUUGUCUGCGGCUUCGAACGACCGGUCGAAAUCCGCAAUAAGAUCUGGGCAUAUGCUGUGCCAAUCAUGUUAGACGUCUUUGCUGACGGGCUGACACCAGAGAACCUCACAUAUUGGAUGACUUGUCUGCAUAUGAUCAUCGGAGGAAAAGAUCCGAGACAGUGUCGAGAAAUCUUUGAGAGACUCGAGUCAUUCCGUUUGGAUAUGUCUUCGAAUGCAGCAUUCAAGGAAAGCUCCAAAGUCCAACUUUUGGAGUUUGCAAUCCAAGAUGCUGGCUGGCAUUUCCGCGCCGAAAAGCCAAUCCUUGAGGACUUCUUGGCACAUAUCGAUCACCCGUACAAAGCUGUUCGAGAAGCCAUUGGAAGAACGCUUGCUGCAAUCUAUCGUACACGAUACUACGAGGCCUUUAAGGACGUUUCGACGCUGUUGGAAGAAAACAAAGCCUCUUCAUCAAUUGGUAUCAAGCCAUACGAACCAUCGGAAGAUUUUUCCGCCAGUCUCAAGGAUGUCUUCAAUCGUCUCGAGGUUUGGCGCGGAGAACGUAGUCCUGGCCAGCAAACACCGUCUUCUUACACCUCGGGAAGCAAGACUGUGCUCUUGUGGCUGGAUACUACCCUCCAAUCUUACGAGUGUACUCAGCUUCUGGACUUUUUCCCAGACGUCUUUAUGGAGCAACUCCUUCAUAUGAUGGAUGUAAAGGAAGACCCAGAACUUCAGCGUCUCGCCUACCUCGUCUACCGCCACCUGCCCAAUAUUCCAUUCCGCGCUGGAGAAGAUGGCGAAUUCAUUGCUGCACUCAUUCGCAUUGGCAAGGUGUCUACAUCUUGGCAUCAGCGUCUGCGAACACUGAUCAACAUGCAAGUCAUUUACUUCCGCCGCAUCUUCCUUAUCAAGCCCGAGCAACAAGAGGCUCUGUUUGCAGCUGUCGCAGAUAUGCUUGAGGAUACUCAGCACGAAGUCCGCUCGGGGGCUGCUACAACUCUAUCUGGCAUGAUCCGCUGCUCUCCCGUCGCUCUCCGGAACAACAUCUUGUCUGACCUCAAACUCAAGUUUACCAAAUCUUUGAUGAAGAAUCCGAUGCCGAAGAAACAACCUGGAACAAGCACACCCAUCAAUAACAACCAGCAAGUCGUCCGCCGCCAUGCCGCAGUGUUGGGUCUCGGUGCUCUAGUCACCGCAUUCCCAUACGUGACACCACCGCCGGAAUGGAUGCCUGAGAUCCUGGCUCUACUGGCCUCUCGAGCUGCCCACGAUGCAGGUGCCAUUGGGAAGACAGUCAAGACCAUCUUGGCGGAUUUCAAGAAAACGAGACAGGAUACUUGGAUUACUGAUCAGAAGUAUUUCACACCAGAACAACUAGAGGACUUGGAAGGCGUGUUAUGGAAAUCCUAUUUUGCGUAA